AAUUUAUAAUUACUUUUUGCUUCGUAUUGCCGUUUAACAGUAAUCGUUGGUAGUUUAGUAAAGUUUUUCGAUUAUAGUUUCUUCUUUCUUGGUUUCUAAUUUAUGAAAUCUACACACGAAAGUUAAACCGUAUUAGAAUAUUAAAGUUAAAUUAUAAAAGGAUUUAAAAUGUUGCAAAUCAAAAUGCGUUCAUAUAAGAAAUUGUUGAUGAUGGCGUAUUCUACGAAAGUUUCUUUAAAUGAAGUUGUGAUUGCAUCAGCUGUGAGGACUCCUAUGGGAUCAUUCAGGGGAACUUUAGCUGGUGUUUCGGCUACAGAAUUAGGUGCGGUUGCGGUCAAGGCAGCUAUCGAAAGAGCCGGAAUUCCAAAAGAAGAAGUUAAAGAGGUUUACCUAGGCAAUGUCUGUUCUGCAUAUCUAGGACAAGCUCCUGCAAGGCAAGCAGUUAUAUUUGCUGGUCUACCAAAGAGCACAAUAUGUACCACUGUAAACAAAGUUUGUGCUUCUGGCAUGAAAUCUGUUAUGCUUGCAGCUCAAGGCUUACAAACUGGUGCACAAGAUGUUAUACUUGCUGGGGGAAUGGAGUCAAUGUCUAAUGUACCUUUCUAUUUAAAGAGAGGAGAAACUUCCUAUGGAGGAAUGCAGUUAGUUGAUGGCAUUGUCUUUGAUGGUCUUACUGAUGUAUAUAAUAAGUUCCACAUGGGAAAUUGUGCUGAAAACACUGCAAAGAAAUUAGACAUUACAAGGGAACAACAAGAUGAAUAUGCAAUGAACAGUUAUAAGAGAAGUGCUGCAGCAUAUGAAGCUAAAGCUUUUACCGAUGAGCUUGUGCCAGUGUCUGUGCCGCAGAAAAGAGGUGCACCUCCAGUUCAAUUUUCUGAAGACGAAGAAUAUAAGAGGGUGAACUUUGAUAAAUUUAAUAAACUAGCCACAGUAUUCCAAAAGGAAAAUGGGACAGUAACUGCUGGAAAUGCGUCAACAUUGAAUGAUGGGGCGGCUGCUUUAGUGUUAAUGACAGCGGAAGCUGCACAAAGGUUGAAUGUGAAGCCUCUUGCUAGAGUUGUUGGUUUUGCUGAUGGUGAAUGUGAUCCUAUUGAUUUUCCAAUUGCCCCUGCAGUAGCAAUACCUAAGUUAUUAGAAAAAACUGGUGUGAAUAAAGAUGAUGUUGCUCUUUGGGAAAUUAAUGAAGCUUUCAGUGUAGUUGCUGUUGCAAACCAGAAAUUAUUAGGACUUGACCCCACUAAAAUUAAUGUACACGGAGGAGCAGUGAGUCUGGGUCACCCAAUUGGAAUGUCUGGUGCAAGAAUUGUUGUUCAUUUAUGUCAUGCCUUGAAGAAAGGAGAAAAAGGUGUCGCCUCCAUAUGUAAUGGUGGGGGAGGAGCAUCUUCUAUCAUGAUUGAAAAAUUGUAAGUGAUUUUUGUGAUAAGUGUGAAUCCAAGUUAAGGUUAUGGAGUAAAGAUAAGAAAAACAUGAAUGAUAUUAGUAUAAAUGAAUUUAUUUUUGUAUCAGUUAUUGUUAAUAAUUAGAGGUAGGUAUGAUCGGUUAAGGUAUUAUUAUAAGCCUAUAAUCAACAACAAUUUGUUAUACAUAAUAUGAUAAUAUUAUGUGCUAUGGGAAUUACUAAAUUUAUAAAAAAAAAACUAUUUAUAGUGAAUCCUGAUAAGUGCCUUCAUAUUUAAAAAAAAUCAGAAUUGUAAAUUUCAGCUUUAAUACAGACAUUUAUUAUUUUAUUUCAUAAUAAUAUACAUAUUUUUUGCUAACUUUCUACAUCAUUAGCUAUAAAAAGCUCAUAUUUCAAAAAGAAAAAGAUUAUUUCUCUACUAAAUACUUUGAAAAAUGCAUAUAAUGCUAGUUUGGGCAAGUGCACAAUCAAAUGUUAUAAAUUAUUAACUAAUAUAGUUUAUAAGUGUAUUUAUUUGUUACUGCAACUCUUGUUUUAUAUGUUUGUGUUAUUAUUAUUGCAUGGUGCUUUAUAUUAAAUCAAUUUAUUUAUUA